AUGGCUCAAGCAAGGAAACUCUUGAGCAUACAGAAAGAUCAAGAGGUACCUAGUGCCGACGGCAGUUUGGUUUUGGUCCAGAAUGUCCUUCCAAAAGGCAGUCCUCCUCCUCCACCGUCUUCCCCACUUGUUGAAGGUCAUGCAGUAGCCAUUAAUGGAAGGCUCUUUACUGUCGAGGUUGCGCGUGCUGAUCGGUUUUUGGAGUCGGUCCCUAGUCCUUCAAUUGGCCAUUAAACUCAUACAUAUUACUGCAUUGGCUUCGUGUGG